CGAGGGCGGGCACGAUCGGACGCGAGCCUACCUACCGUGCCAUACCAAUCAAUCUCUGCAACACAAGAAAACAAGACGAAGGCUGUUUUCAGCAGGGAGUCGUCGCCGUCUUGGCGUCUUCCGACUCCAGGCUCCACACCACAUCGCAUGGCCCGGCGGCCGGCAGAGGACAUGGAGAAGCACGGCGGCGACGGCGGCGGCAAUGGGCUCCGGCACCACGCCAUCCGAAUCCCGCUCACAGCUCCAGCCCCAGAAGUUGCAGCGAUGGAAGAGGAAUGGGAGGAGCCCAACGUCUCACUGCGCCAGAAAGCAUCGAAGAUCAUAUCCGCCUCCACGGCGGCGUACCGCAGCAAGCCCGGAUCCUUCUGGGCGCUCCUCGUCCUCAGCGCCGGCGCGAUGCUCACCGCGUUCCCGGCGUCGAGUCUGCUGUCGCGGCUGUACUACAACGGCGGCGGGCAGAGCAAGUGGAUCCUGUCGUGGUCCGCCGUCGCCGGCUGGCCCAUCCCGGCGCUGCUCCUGCUUCCCUGCUACCUCCUCCUCGACGGGGCGUCGCCGACGUGGCCGCCGCCGCCCAGGCUGUGCCUCUGGUACGCGCUGCUCGGCCUCCUCAGCGCAGCCGACAACCUCAUGUACGCCUGGGCCUACGCGUACCUGCCGGCCUCCACCGCCUCCUUGGUCGCCGCAUCGUCCCUCGCCUUCUCGGCGGUGUUUGGACGCCUGAUCGUGAAGGCGAAGAACAGGAUGGGGCUCUCGACGGUGAACGCCAUCGUCGUGAUCACCGCCGGCGUGGUGAUCGUGGCGCUGGACUCGGGCUCCGACAGGUACCCGGGCGUGACCAGCAAGCAGUACGCGCUGGGCUUCGUGCUGGACGUGGCCGGCUCCGCACUCCACGGCCUCAUCUUCGCGCUCUCGGAGCUCGCCUUCGUCACGCACCUCGCUGCUGCCGCUGGCAAUAAUGAUGGCGGCGCUUCGUCGUCCCGGUUCCACGUGGUUCUGGAGCAGCAGGUGGCGGUGUCUCUGUCCGCGUUCGCGUUCACGUCGGCCGGGCUCGCUGCCUUCGGGGAGGGAUUCGGAGCGUUGCGGUGGGAGGCGGCGGUGUUCAGCGCCGGAGGGGGAGGCAAGGCAGGGUACGCGAUGGUGUUGGGGUGGUCGGCGGCGACAUUCCAGCUGGGAGUGCUGGGGGCGACGGGAGUUGUGUACCUUGGGUCGACGGUGCUGGCGGGCGUGCUGAACGCGGUGAGGGUGCCGGUGACGAGCGUGGCGGCGGUGAUCUGGUUCCAUGACCCGAUGAGCGGGUUCAAGAUCCUGUCUCUGGUCAUCACGGUGUGGGGGUUCGGGUCCUACGUCGUUGGCCACUCCGGCGGCGCCAAGAAAACGUCCAGAGAUCGAUCUCGAAGCGGGAGCCAAACCAUGAGCUGAUCUUUUUUUUUUUGAGAAAGUAACUGCGUGUUCAAAGUCAACAGUACAAGAACAACACACACACGCAGAACACCCUAGAAAGACCUAGGAAGGACAGGUGUCCAAGAACUUUGCAGAAAAGUCCUCGCAGAAAAGAGAAAAAAUAGAAAACACCCUGGAGCUUGGGGAUGUUCCCCGGCCGAUGCGCCACAACCGCCACGGUUUCGCUCUUUGGGGCGGACCUCUUUUUCGGCUCGUAAAGCCUCAGCGCGAUGGAGCUCCUUUGGAUCUUCGGCUGUUCCUGCGGCCUGCGUUCCGGCGUUGGCGGAGAGCAGCGGCGGGCGAUCUGGAAGUUGGUUGCAGGAACCAUGAGCUGAUCUUACUAAAAAGUGUAUUGUUGUGACAGUGUAACAGUUAUUCAGUUGCGAGUGGAUGGACAUGAUGGGAGUAAUUAGGUUCCAAA